CGUAAACAGAAGACAUCUGGACAGUGUCGCAUUCAUGGCCAGUCUCCUCAAGCGUCUCACAAGGAAGAGGAAGAACCCCGCGGACACGGACGCGGACACGGACACGGACAAAAAGAAGGGCGUCCUGAAGAGCGGCAUCGAGGAAUCGGCUGAGGACAGCGAGGACGUUGGCCCACUGGAAAUCAGUGACGACUGCAAAGGGAAGGCCCUCGGGACUGAUUUGGUCUUCGUCCACGGACUUCGCGGGUCGCGACUGAAGACUUGGUCGAGCCAAGACUGUUUCUGGCCCAGAGACUUGCUGAAAGACGACGUGAAGGAUGUCAGAAUCAUCACCUGGGGCUACGAUGCCGAUAUAGCCAAUGCAUUUUCUUAUGCUGGCAAAGAGAGUAUCUUUGGCCAUGCGAAAACGUUACUUGAUGACUUGGCGAGAGCUCGGAUUGGCAUCACCCGACCUAUUGUCUUUAUCUGUCACAGUCUUGGGGGCCUGGUUGUGAAGCAGGCUUUGAUUAAGUCAGCCGAAUACAAGAGCAACAACAGACAUCCUCACCUCGGCGAGAUAUAUGCUCGUACCACCGGCGUGAUAUUUCUCGGGACGCCACAUCGAGGAAGCGACAAGGAGUCUCUAGCAGAAGUGGCGGCAAAUGUCGCCUAUCUCUCUUUUCGUCAACCCAAUAUCCAGCUCCUACAGACAUUGAAGUCAGAUGCUCAUGCCCUGGAUGAGCAGCGAGACCAAUUCACAACAAUCUCCCAAAACCUGAGAAUAGUGUGCGGUAAGGAGGAGAUUCCAACUGGAAUUGGCUUGAUUGUAAAACCUGCUUCUGCCAUCUACGAUGGCUUUCACGUUGAUCAGUUUACCAUCCAUGCGAAUCACAUGAACAUGGUAAAGUUCGCAUCAAAGAAAGACCCAGGCUAUCAAAGGACUCUUUUCCAUAUUAACAACCUUCGCAAAGUCCAACAGCCAGAGGACCAGCAAGAGAAUGAGAGAAUUGCGGCUCGAAAAGAGCAAAUCUUGAAGCACCUGGACUUCUCCACUAUGAGCAAUCGAGAGGAUAAGAUCGAGGACGCGUACGCGGAUACUUGCACCUGGGUACUGGACCACGGAUCAACAACCAACGCGUCGUCUCCCAAGCCCUGUGAGUUUUUAUCCUGGCUCAAGAAUGAGGAAACCUUUUUCUGGAUCAGUGGUAAAGCGGGCUGUGGCAAGUCGACUCUGAUGAAGUACAUAUACCAAAAUGACGAAACUAAAAGGCAACUCUCUCUAUGGGCCAACGGAAAAGAAUUAAUACUAGCUGGAUACUUCUUCUUCGAACGAGGCGACAAAAACCAGAAAUCGAGAGAAGGAAUGCUUCGAAGCAUUUUGCACCAAGUUCUACGGAACCGACCCUCCCUUAUCCCUAAGGUCUUUGCGAAGUUCUUCGUGGAUUCGUCGCCACUUCCUCAAGAAUUUGAUUCUUAG